GAUUCUGAGCAAGUGCUAGUCACAGGAGGAGCCGUGGAAGUGUCAGUUCGAAGUCCGGUAGCAUGCUGGUUUAGUGCUAUGCUUUCCUGCUUUGGUGGGUCUGUCCUGUCUUCCUUGAUGCUCGCAGAACCCCCAGUUGCAUUUUUGGCAAAAGGCACGAAUGUUCUCCUGGCGUCUUCAGUCUGGUAUCUUGUAUUUUACUGUCCGCAAGACAUAUUCUGCCGGUGCUUUGCGUUUCUGCCUCUUCGUCUUCUGGUUGCAGGAAUGAAAGAAGUGACAAGGACUUGGAAAAUAACGUCUGGCGUUGCACACGCGGACAGUCACUUCAAAAAUGCCUGGCUUGUUAUGAUAGCUGUGGGCUGGGCCAGAGGAGCUGGUGGUGGUCUAAUCUCCAAUUUUGAGCAGUUGGUGAGAGGAGUGUGGAAACCUGAAACCAAUGAACUCCUGAAGAUGUCCUACCCUGUUAAGGUAACUUUGAUAGGAGCAGUUCUUUUCACACUGCAACAUAGCCAGUACCUGCCAAUAGCAAGACACAACCUCAUAUUUUUAUAUACCAUCUUUCUUGUGGUCACCAAGGCAACAAUGAUGCUGACACGAUCUACAGCUUCUCCGUUUGCCCGCCUUGAGGCUGCCUUGGGCCGUAUGUUCUUCGGCAUGCAGCAGGCCCCGUCCAAAGGGAAGAGUGAAGGGGCUCUGUCUUCCAAUGGCUCCUCAGUGUGCGACCGGCCUUCCUCUGGGCAGCAACGUGAUGGCAUGAAGAAACGACAGGCAAAGAAAACGGAAUAA